AUGCGUCUCCGCAACGUUCUCGUGAGCUUAGCGGCUGUUGGUGCUCAGGGGAUCCGCAUCUUGCAGUCCAACGACGAUGGAUGGGCCGAGCUGUACAUUCGUUCUUUCAACGAUGCCCUGAAUGCGGCGGGGCACGAUGUCGUCCUUUCCGGGCCAGCCGAGAAUAAAUCAGGUUCAAGCUCGCUGGAUCUCGAACCCUCGCCGCGCUCCUCGGCAUGCCAGUACAAUAGCUGUGCAGCCAAUAGCGGCCCCGUCGGCAGUAACACCACCAAUCCCCGUCUCAACUGGGUCAACUCCUUCCCCGUGACUUCCGCCCGUUACGGACUCACGCAGUUCGGUCCCGUUAUCUGGAACGGUCAACAGGCGCAGCUUGUCGUCGCCGGCCCCAACGUCGGCAGCAACGUCUACCUGUCCGUCCCAUUUUCCGGCACCGUAGGCAUCGCCGUCUACGCAGCCCACGAGAAGGGCCUCCCCUCCAUCGCCUUCUCGGGUGCUUCGGACGGCACGCUGGCUUGGAACACGAGGCCUGAGCCUACGCGCAGUCUUGUGUACGCCCAGCUGGCCACGCAGUUCACCAACGCUCUCGUCAAGGGGGGUGCGCCUUACUUACCGGCGGAUGUGUGGCUGAAUGUAAAUUUCCCUAAGGCAGAGGGGGCUUGUGCUAAUGCGCAAAACUACAAGUGGGUGCUUAGCCGUAUCAAUCAGGGGUUCUUGUCUGCUCCAGAUGUGACUACGUGUGGAACUGAUCGGCUACCGAAUGAGUCGGAUGUUAUUGGCACGGCUGGCUGUUAUGCUUCAGUGAGCGUUGGGGAUGCAUCGGACAAGACCACGGCGUCUGCGGACAAGCAGGCGGUUGUGCUGGCUCGAUUGGGAAGCAUGUUCACAUGUUUGCCAUAG